AUGCCUCCUAGCAAUCAGAAUUCCAACAAUUCCCCCAAGCCCUGGGGAAGCCACUACGCACCCGGGGUCACUAUAGACAGCACCGGCGGGAGAACUUUCGUCGAAGGCGGCGCAUUCAUAGACGAUGACGAGGAGGGUCCGGCCUGGCAGCAUGUCGAAGACAUUUCUACCUUGACGCCUGAGGAAAAAGAGUUUGCGAAUGGGUGUCGAGCGAUGCUCGUGAGAGUGGCUCUAAGAAGGGUAUCCUUGGCUUUGGUGCGAAGGGUAAGGGUCCUGCUGGGAAGAAAUGAGCAUCGCAGGGACCUACGGGAUGACCACGGCGGAGGAACGGUCAUGGUUGCUUUUGUCGGUUGUUGGAACGUGGCUGGCUGCUUGAAAAAGGAGUGGAAGAUGUGA